AUGGUCCGCAAAGCAACCGCAGCCGAACAGCAAGAAUGGGACGUCCUCCCCUCCGCAACCGACAUCGCUCGCCGCAGACUCUCCUCCUUCAUCCUCAUGGGCUGUCUCCUCACACUCACCACGCCCUUCAUGCCUUUCUGCUGGCUCAACUGCUUUGACUUCAUCGACUACUUCGUCACUCGCGUCAUCCUUGUCGGUGCUCUCUACUUUCAGUAUGUGAUUGCCGGUAUCGUGGCUCCUGUCACGGUGAAAAUGCUGGAUAGGAGGAUUGUGUGGGUUUACAAGCAGAGGAUGUAUUGGUAUUAUGCUGCUUUUGAGGUUGCGAUUGUUGUUUUAGUGAGGUGGAGCGGGAGUGAGUUGCUGAGGAAGGUCGCUAGUGUGUUUUUGGUUGGGGCGUUGUGGGAGUUGGGGUAUAAGGCGACGGGGAGGAGGAUGAAGGAUUUGUUUCGGCAAUAUAUUUGGUGGGCUUGGGCUUAUCCGAUCUCAUUUCCAAGACACUUGGCUCCAUCAUUCAAGUAG